UUGGCCAUCUGGCUUUAGGUUCUCUGUAAGGCCGUUUUCUUUUCUCAUUUGCUCAUCUGCCAGGAAAAGAGACUCGCCGUUGGCGCUUUGGCCUCCAGUUCAUUGAGAAAAAAAGAGGAAAUACUCCGCGUGCGCUUCUGGAAAGGGGGGUCGCCUCCAGCCCCGAACCCCGUAGAGUUCUUCGGCUGGGGACUUGGCUCCGGAUUUUCCUCUCCUUUUUAACUCCCGCCGACUGCUCGGAAGUUGGACUGAAGCAGAGUUUGGAAAGAAGAAGGGAAAAGUUUGCAUCGGGGCUGGAAUUAUUUGCACAUCGCAGGAAGAAGAGAAUCCAACGGAGAGGAGUUGGUGCAAAGCCGCGAUCACGGAAUUCAGAUGUGUUCUAAGCCUGCUGGAGUGACCACACUUCCAAGACCUGAUGGAGACCAGAGCUCAGAGUGGCAGUGGGUCACAGCCCUUGCUGCAGGCACCCCGUGACGGUGGCAGACAGCGUGGGGAGCCUGACCCUAGAGAAGCCCUCACCCAGCAGGUACACGUAUUGUCCCUGGAUCAGAUCAGAGCUAUACGAAACACCAAUGAGUACACAGAGGGGCCUACUGUUGUCCCGAGACCUGGCCUCAAGCCUGCUCCUCGCCCCUCAGCUCAGCACAAGCACGAAAGACUCCAUGGUCUGCCUGAGCACCGCCAGCCUCCCAGGCUCCAGCAUUCGCAGGUCCAUUCUUCAGCACGAGCUCCUCUGUCCAGGUCCAUCAGCACGGUCAGCUCGGGGUCUCGGAGCAGUACGAGGACAAGUACCAGCAGCAGUUCCUCUGAACAGAGACUGUUGGGACCAUCCUUCUCCUCUGGGCCAAUUGCUGAUGGGAUAAUCCGGGUGCAGCCCAAAUCUGAGCUCAAGCCAGGUGAGCUUAAGCCGCUGAGCAAGGAAGAUUUGGGCCUGCAUGCCUACAGGUGUGAGGACUGUGGCAAGUGCAAGUGUAAGGAGUGCACCUAUCCCAGGCCUCUGCCGUCAGACUGGAUCUGCGACAAGCAGUGUCUUUGCUCGGCCCAGAACGUGAUUGACUAUGGGACUUGUGUGUGCUGUGUGAAAGGUCUCUUCUAUCACUGUUCUAAUGAUGACGAGGACAACUGUGCUGACAACCCAUGUUCCUGCAGCCAGUCUCACUGUUGUACACGUUGGUCAGCCAUGGGCGUUAUGUCCCUCUUUUUGCCUUGUUUAUGGUGUUACCUUCCAGCCAAGGGUUGCCUUAAAUUGUGUCAGGGGUGUUAUGAUCGGGUUAAUAGGCCUGGAUGCCGGUGUAAAAACUCAAACACAGUUUGCUGCAAAGUUCCCACUGUCCCACCCAGGAACUUUGAAAAACCAACAUAGCAUCAUUAAUCAGGAAUUAUUACAGUAAUACGGAUUGUUCCUUUUUUUUUUCUUUUUUUCCCCUUUUUAACACAUAUAUGCAACCAACUAAACCGUUAUAAUCUUGGCACU